CCUUCCCUCCCUCCGCCACCAAUCCGGGCGACUCUCGAGGGCUCUGCGCGGCGCGGGCGGAGCGGUAGCUGCCGUUAGCAGGAGCAGCAGGGACAGCAGGAACAGCAGGAACAGCAGGAGCAGGCGGCCGGGCAGCGGGGCACAUGGCAUGCCUGAUGGCGGCAUUCUCCCUGGGCACCGCUCUGAACGCCAGCAAUUCUGCCUGUACUAUGGUCGAGCCAAAGUCAGUGUGUGUUUCAGUGGAUGAAGUGGUCUCAAAUGGCACAGAUAACCAAGACAUUCGACUGAUGAAUGGACACUUGAAAAAAGUGGACAAUACUCUGACAGAAGCUCACCGUUUCUCAUACCUACCACGCAGACCAGCUGUAAACAUUGAGUUUAAAGAACUGUCCUACUCUGUCCAAGAAGGGCCAUGGUGGAGGAAGAAAGGUGAGGAAAAGUAAUAUUUUAGCAACUAUGCAAAUGUUAUUGCCUAUGUGGAUAGUCGUGGUAGCUGAAAUGAGUCUGUUGUGGGUUAGUGAAGCAAAGCAAGUAAGGGAAACAUGUUUUCACACUGCUUUUUACUUGGGUUCUUAAUAUAUCAAACUCCUAAGAGUAUGGAGAUAAAUAGUUCC